AUGAGCGGGCUUUACCGAGCAGUACAAAAGGCCACCACAGAGUGGUUUUACAUACAUCACAAACGGGAUCUACCUUGGCGACAGUCUUUUUCUCCCACCGAUGGAUUGGACACAAGCACGGGAACUACUGCUUGCCUGCGCAAUCCCUAUCAUGUCUGGGUCUGCGAGGUUAUGUCCCAGCAGACUCAAAUAGGCACCAUUAUUGCCUACUUUGAAAGGUGGAUCUCGCUCUUCCCCACCGUGGCAGCUUUAGCGGAGGCCUCUGAAGAGUCUGUCAAAGCAGCUUGGGCGGGGUUGGGCUAUUAUCGUCGUGCACUGUAUUUGAAAAGGGGUGCUGAAUACGUUAUGCGACAUUUUGGUGGGAAGUUGCCCAUCAGAGCAGUUGAAUUGCGGAAAAUACCAGGUAUUGGCCCUUACACUGCUGCGGCGGUUGCAUCUAUCUGCUUUGGAGAGAACAUUGCAGCGGUGGAUGGAAACGUUGUGCGAGUGAUAACCAGACUGCGCUGUGAGCGAGACGUUGACCCCAAGGCGACAAAGACCAUGAAGGCAGUGACACACUGGGCUCAAGAAUUGAUGAAUGAAGGGCCUUGUCACGAUCCUGGCGCCUUCAAUGAGGGCUUGAUGGAGAUUGGUUCAAGUGUAUGUAAGCCAUCUGGACGGCCUCUUUGUGAAGAGUGUCCACUGCAGCAAUUUUGCAAGUCGUAUGCUUCAAAAUCACGUGGUGAGAUAGAGGCCAUUGAAGGCAUCAUUCCAUUAAGGUCUGUUGCACCCAAGAAGAAGAAGCAAAUAGUUGUUUCUGUUAUACAUGAGUUUCGUUACGGCAGUGCAAACGAGGGUAGGGUGCUGAGGCGUUUUGUUGUGAUUCAAAGGCCCGAAGAAGGGCUACUGGGUGGUAUGUUAGAGUUCCCCUCUACAACAUACGGUUUAUUUCAUGAGAGCAUCCCAAUCAAGGAUGAGGUUGUUCAAAAUAUACGUGAAAGAUUAGAUGCAAAACAUGGGGCUGUGAGAUACGUGGGUAAUGUUCGGCAUAUAUUUUCGCACAUAGACAUGGAAGUGCUCAUUUACUAUGCGCUAUGGGAAAGCGCAACACCGUACCUUGGGAACGAUGACGGAGGCGCAAAGGUGGAAAAGCCUAGUUGCUGCAUAAAGGAAGAAGCGGUCUGCGCUUCGCUAGCGGAGGGGCUUACGGUGGCUCCUUCACGUAUCUUCGUCAAGACGAUGGAAGAGAUUAGGAACUCUUCUGCUAGCCGUUUGCUGCUUAAGGUGUUCCAGAAGUUGCUUUUGGCUGACCAAGGCGAUGACAACGUGGAGUCGGCGUUUAUUCGGAAACGUGUAAGAGAGAAAAAAAAGGGGGGGGGGAUGGGGAACCAGUGA